UGAGAUGGCGAGUAAUUCGUCUGCUAGCUUAAAAUUUUUAUUAGUUGAAUCAGAUAAUAGUUAUUCCACAGUAAAUUCUCCACUUAAAUCGACACAAAGAAUCAAGUACACUUGUUUUGAUGUAUCCCCGAGUUUCCUGGUGUUUGGUGCUACCAGUGGUGGUCUCUAUGUAUUCCGAAGAGAACCUUGUACAUUUCUCCAGCUUCUGCCUAAUAAGGAGGGGGCGGUGAGCCGAGUUUCCAUAUCUCCAGAUGAGAAGCUGAUAGCGUUUGCCUCGGUUCGUGGGACAGUGUGCGUGCUGCAACGUGCAGAGAUAAGCACAGGCGCGCGAUGUCUCAACCGCAGCACAGAGCACAGUGGUGCCGAUGUUACGGCGCUGUGUUGGGUGGAGCACAGCGACCAAGUAUUCGCCGGGGACAGUCAAGGCAGACUUUCCGUCAUCAAUGUGUCUCUUUUUAUGAGCAAGAACAUGUUCCACGUGCCGGCCUUUGUGUUCAUGCAGGUGGACAGCGCCGUGGUGAGUGUCUGCUGCCGCGGCGACCGUCUGCUCGUGUCAUCGUACACGCGGUGCUACGUGUGUGACACGGCGCGCGAGCAGUACCGCCAGGUCGGCACCAAGCUACGGGACGGACAGUACGGCGCGUGCUACCUGCCUACUGAUCCAGUCAGUAUCUACUGUGCCAGACCCGGCAGUCGACUGUGGCAGGUGGAUGAGGAGGGGUUGGUACAGAGCACUCACCAGCUGAAACAUCUCCUGGCUAGACCUCCUGUCAUUGUGGUACAUCAUUCCAGAGGUAUCAUUGCACCAGAUGAUGACGCAGAAUGGCCAGAACAGUCUUUCAACUUUGCUCAACUCUCUGUGAUCCUGGACAAGUAUCUCUUGACGUUCAAGCGUGAUGGCAUCUACAUCCUGGACCCAGAGAAGGUAGACGUGGUGCUGUGGUCGGACUGCUACAAGGACAUUCUGGACGCUAGGAGUAUCGGAGACAUAGUCUACGUAUGGACAGAGUCUCAUCAAGUACACGCCCUGCAGGUCACACCACUGGAUAAAUGCUUGUUGAGACUGUACUUCUACAAGAACUACGACCUGUGUUCAGAUCUUUGUGUUCGCUACUCCACAUUGCUCCUUCAGUCGCCUGAAACGCUUACUAAACUCGGUCCCCUAUUAGGACUAAGAGACGUUCUGAAGGAAAGCAUCACCAACGAGUUGCAAGACUUUUUGAAAAAUGUAGAGACCCAUGCGAAAGAGAGAGAAAUUUCCAUGCGGUUAGAGUCUGGAAUAUUUCUGGUCGACAAUCUUCACGCGAGAUGGAAACUGAUCGAGAGAAGUAGAAGCAUACCUAGAAAUAACCAGAGGAAUAUGAAAAUGAGAAGUUCAAGGUCGAGAAGUUUACCACCGAAUCAGAAUAAGAGAGUUAGACAAGAAAGCCCAAAGAAAAUCCCGUCGAGGAAUUCUUCAGUGUCUACUAACUCACUGCCAGAGUUAUCUAAGUCGUCGGACGCUGAGGAAAUUGGUAAAGACCUGAAGAACAUUAAUAAGCACGACAUAAACAAAGAGUACAACAAGUUGUUUCAGAGAAACAAUCAGGAUUUUAUUGUUCCUCAAAUACCUUUCUUUCCCCUGUCUUCACCCGAUAUCAUUCACGACGCUUUGAUGGAGAUCGGAACUAGUGUUUCUGGGAAGCUGAUGAGUGGGACGAAGUCGCUGUUGGACAGAUGGCACAAAGGAUCUCAAGACUGCCAGGAGCCGCUGGAUGUGAGGCCCGACGGAUACAAGGAGCCUGAACAAACAAAAUUCGACCCAACGGCUGCUGAGGAGGAGAUAGUCGAGGGGCAGAACAGAAGAAAACACUUUCACCCAAGUGCACCUAGCUUAGACGUUAGCGAACUGUUAGAAAUGUGCAAAGGGCCUGAAACCGAGUUGACGAUAGAAUUCCUCGAAGAACUGUUGGACAAAGUCACUAGUCUUUGCACGACCUUUAACGAACAACUAGUCAGCAAAAAAUCAAAAUACUGCAAAGGUGUGUUUCCUUUCAGUCUUUAUUUGAGUAAAGAACAUUUUCUAGUCAUUUCAAACUGGUUUCACAAAUCUUUGAAGAACGGAGUCAUUCUUCAGUGGCUGUACAAUCAACAAGGUCAUUCUUCUGAAGAGGAAGCGAAAGAACACCCAAGUGUGCUGCAGGAUGUGUUUUCGGUUGAGUCAUUACAACUAGACGCAGCUUUGAGUAGAGUUCUUAGACUUUUUUCUGAGAUCCUAGAUCCCUACAGUAUUCUCGAGAGUCUAGAAUCUCUUGGUCUUCCGUGUGUUUACCUAUCAUGGUGCGUAGUCAUCGAUCGCUUCCAAGAGGGCACCUUCAGGUACAUCACAAAAUACGGAGACUCGGACAAUGUCAGCUGUGCAGAUUGGCCCCUUCCUCUUCUUCUAAAUGCCAUUUUUCUUUCGUUCCGAUUGGAACAAGUGGAUGCUAGUUUUCGAAUGGCCAUUGCCCGAGGAGUCACUUUAAAGACAGUCUCGUAUAUUUUACUGAAACUUGUUCUUCAUUUGGAAGUAAACGGUUUGGAGAGAAUUGUGGCCGAACAACGUUGUAACAAUCUGCUUCUAUCGUAUAUUUCAAAAAUGAUUAGCAAAAAGUGUGAAAUAACGUUAAAUGAUAUCGGCUUGGUGUCGCACAUUGAGUCUGCGUUCACCCAGGUUAAUGCAAAGUCUGACUAUGGAACUUGCCAUUGCUCCUUUCCUUUACCAGGCGUUCCAGUUAGUUGUGCAAAGUUCUCGGAAAUCGGUGAAAAACUGAUAUCUUAUCACUGGGAGGUAUACAGACACAAAAUUCCCCUCAACGGGGUAAAACCGGACUUACUCUCUCACACAUCGAGGAAAAGCGAUCCGUCACUGGAAAUAUCCCCCAAAGGAAAUGAAUCUUUCAAGAAAUUUUUUGAAGAAAACUCGUCAAAUGGUGAAACACAAGAGGAAAAUUGCAAAUCCGACACCGAGUCUGAAUACUUAAAGCACAUUAUGAAAGUUUGCAGUGUGAGUUCCAACCUGCUUUUGUGGACGUUGAAGAACAAAGCUCCGAACCACGGCAACAACAUUAGUUUGAAACUAGUGAUUCAAUUAGGACUUGUUUCGGAAUUUGAAAAGUUUGUAGACUGUGAUAACGCUGAGUGGUGGGAGGAUGUAGUGACGAUGAACGCUCACGUCAAGAAAGGAAAGUGUUGUGCCUGUGGAUCGCAAUGGCCUGAAAACCGGAAAGCUGGGUUUCAGUGGACUUUUCUAGCGACUCAUAUUCUAAAACAACUUGGUUCAGGCAAAACGGUGGAGAUGCUGAAGAAGUACUCGGCAGAAAUUCUACCUGGAGAGUUGGAUCGCAUGUUCUACCAAGCAUGUGUAGUAACUGGGCUCGUGGACAGUCGGAUGGAGGGACUGAGGCCGAAGGUCCUCGACAUUCUACAAAGGGUGUCUGACUCUAGAAGGCAGAGAGCCGUCAUGACUCCGCAGGUCGGAGCUGAACUCAAGACUGCCCUGGAGAAGGACGCCCAAAUGGUGUCGAUGGAGCCUCUCGUUAGUUCCGUGAACCACCACUGGGGCGUCGCUGUAGACAUGGCGUCAGGCGACUGUGCGCUGUGUUCGCUCAGUCUAGGAGCGCCCCGUUUGUUACGCGACGUCGGCUUGCGAGUGUUCGCGUGUUCACACGCCUUCCACAACGUUUGUCUCCGAGUCGCUCAUUCCCUACUCUACUGUCCCGUCUGCACUCGAUAAAUGCUCAACUCUUCGUCUGCGAUUGUUGUACUUUAAUGGUUAGGCUCAUGUGAAGGAUUGUAGAAUAUUUUUAUUUCUUUGUUAAAUGUGCGUUGUACAAACUUUACAAUUACUGUUUUCAAUGUCCGUAAAGUUUUUAAAUAAGGAUGCAUUGGGAAAGAAGCUUAAUGUUCAGCAACCCUAAUCCAAAAUAUUUUGGUCUGUUCAAUGGGUUUAAAAUAUUAAUUGUUAUUUGGUUUGGUAAGACUUAGGUUUUUGCCAACAUACAAGCUAAAUGUUUAAUUGUUUUUAUACAUUUUUAUUAUUUGAACUAUACUAGUUCUUACGGCUUAUGGAAAAACUGCGUCAUGUUUUGCAGCGACAAAAUAAUGUUCGCCAUGAUUAAAAAAAUUAUAGAAUUUUGUUUGGAUCAAGAUAAGUUAUAAUUUUGGAGGAAACAUUUAAUUUUCCUCACCACGGAAAACCGUGCUCUCUAGUCACCCCAAGUUUAUAAACGCUUAAAUAUUUCGUUAUUUUUUUCUUUUGAUUUUCGAACCAAGUGGUUUUUUAUAGCCAUAACUUCAUCCUAACUUUACCGCUUAAACGUAUGUUGGAACUUCUUUGAUUAAACUUUGUGAACAGUUUUACUGUACUACGUUUCCUAACUAUUGCCUUCUUACUGAUUUUUUUAGACAAAUAUAUUAUUAAUGCACUGUAUUUUGUAUUGUGUUUUUAAAAUAUUAAUGACUAGCAGAGUACCCGUCCUUCGUACGG